AUGCCAUGUCUGAUAUCACCAAUCGUUGCGCUAGCUCAAAGCCCUCGACCAACGGGAACACCAAGGCCAAACGUCUACGCCUACAACAGCAUGGUUGCCUCUACUGCGAAGGCGUGGAUGCUCUACCAUUUCUGCGUAUAUGGGAUGAGCAAGAGCACGGCCAGGCCACAGACAAGGGCUUACGCGGCGGACGAUGUGGUUCUCGACGAUGUAUGCCAUUCCGGAAUUUGUAGAGAUGCCGCUGCGGGGGCCGUUGUCGACGAUGGCGAGUCUGCUAUUGGCGGCGUUCAGGGCACAGGGGUAGAAGAGUGUGGGCAGGAAGAGUACUGGGUGGCAGGGAAGGCGAGCGUAGGGCUGAAGGGGCUUGUGGGAUUAUGGGAGCGAGGGCGGCUCCCACCAAGACUGAAAAUGCUGGAGGACAUGCGUAAGAAGACGCUAGACGAGCUGCUGAUGGCUGGAUUAAGCCAGGAAUGGGCCGGACGGGAUGAAGAGGAUGACGGGGAGGAAGAAGAGGCUGACGGUGCAGCGUUUGUAGCAAGGAAGAAUGUCAUGGCGGCGUUUGUCCAACGGAGUAGCGAUGAUGGGCAAGAUGAGAUCAGCAAUGACAGCAGUGCCGUCGGUGGAGUGACAAGGACAUGUAGUGUGCAUAAACACUGUGGUUCUACGCCCAAGUAA